AUGACGUCUGUAACUGACCUCUUGUUUCCAGUGCAUAAAUCUAGAGACGAAUUAAAACAGCAUAUUAUUUGGAAAAAUCAAGAAUAUGUGACCAACCUUCCCCUGCAGAUGUUGUUGUAUUUUAAUUGCUUUUACUUCCCAUUUUGGUUCAUUGGCUCUCUUGUCAUUUUGGAUCUGAAGUGGGAGAGACUGAUUGAUUUGUAUCGGAUAGUUCUUGUUGCCAUCUACGUUGUGUACUUCAUCAUUGAAGUUGUUCGUCUUUAUCUUGGCUAUCUGGGAAACCUCAUGGAAAGGGUUCCAGAACUCGCCGGCAGCUGGCUUUUGACUCUUCUCCUGACUUUCCCACUGAUUCUGUUGUUGAACAUCAAUGAUAACGCAUUGUUGCUGCCACUAGAGAGGGCGCUACACAUCCUGAUGGCCAUCUUUGUGGGACUGGAAGUCAUUGUUGGCUACUUUGCCAUUCGAGCAAUGGUUAAUUACCAGGUCACCAAAUAUCACCUGCAGCAGUUCUCAGACCUGGACAACAUGGAGGACAAUGAGUAUUUUCCAGAGACUCGCUACACCAGCUAA